AUGGGUAUUCAAUUUUCCCAGGUUUUCCCCCCAAAGCCAUCCUUUGCCUCGAGCAACAUACCCAGCCAAGCCGGCAAGGUCAUCCUCAUCACAGGUGCUGCCUCUGGGAUCGGUUUUGAGCUAGCCAAGAUCCUCUACGGGAAAGGGGCCAAAGUCUACAUUGCAGGUCGAUCCGAAGAAAAAGCCCGUGCUGCCAUCGAAGCUAUACAGCGUGAUGUACCACAAGUCGACGGUGGUGCGUUAGUCUUUCUCCCACUGUGCCUCGACGACCUGACAACGAUCAAAGGGACUGUCGAAGCAUUUCAAAAGAAGGAGUCCAGACUAGACAUGCUGUUCAAUAAUGCAGGCGUCUCUCAGCCUCCUGCUGGAAGUCUCUCUCAGCAAGGAAUCGAGCUUCAGCUCGCGACCAACUGUCUGGGUCCUUUCUUAUUGACAAGUCUUUUGCGCCCACUUCUAGAGAACUCCACCAAGAUAGCGCAACCUGGUACCGUCCGUGUCAUUUGGACAAGCAGUCAGGUUGUUGAAUUCUCCACUCCUCCCGAAGGAAUGAUCAUGUCCCAGCUCACCAACCCACCCAAGGACGCCGUCGUGAACUAUACCAACUCCAAAUUGGGCAACUGGUUUCUGGCGGUAGAGAUGGCUCGUCGUGAUGGAGAAAAUGGUAUACUCAGUGUGGCACAGAAUCCCGGGGCAGCCAAUACGAAUCUUCUCCGAAAUGCUCGAUUGAUGAAGUUUUUCACGCGGCCUCUACUUCAUAGUCCAAUUUUGGCCGCCCAUACACUGCUCUAUGCGGGAUUCUCACCUGACCUGACCUUGGAAAAUCAGGUUGAAUCAUAUGUCAUUCCCUGGGGUCGAAUCCAUCCUGGAGUUGCAGAUAACCUGAGACACGCGAUUGACAGGAGUGAAGAUGGUGGAUCGGGCCGAGCAAAGGAGUUUUGGGAAUUUUGUGAGAAGGCGACAAGGGAAUAUGCUUAA